AUGUCAUUGGCACGUCAGGACUGCACUUUAAGAGAUGAUGAAUACAAGAGAAGACACCGAUGGGUUGAAUAUGCUGAGAAGAGUCGCUACAAUGCUUCCCAAGUACCACCAGAAUGGCAUGGUUGGCUUCACUACAUAACCGAUCACACUGGGGAUGAGCUUCUGAUGUUGAAACCAAAGAGGUAUGGUGUUGAUCACAAGGAAAAUCUCUCUGGAGAGGGAGAGGAGUACAUAUACCAUUCAAAAGGACAUGCCCUCAAUCCUGGGCAGAAAGACUGGACCAGAUACCAAUCUUGGGAACCCACUAAGACCAAAGCAGCUGAGAUUAAUUUAGCUACUUUGGCAAGUGCUGCCAGCGUUCUUGUGUUGAAAACCUUUGGAAGGGAAAUGUAUGAUUCCUGCUCUGCACAUGUUAAUGCAGCCCCUAUAAGGUCCACGAACAAAAGGGUUCAUUAUUCUGUUCCAAGGAUCCAUUUUGCUUUGCCUAUAUUAGUCGAUAGGUUCUAUAGCAAAUCAAUGAGAAUCAGGGCCUUCAAGUGUAAUUGA